GAAGGAGCUGAUGGGAUCGAUUCUGUGGUGCGCGCGUCCUGUGAAGUGUAGCUGAUGGUGCUAUACGCGUAAUUCUGGGAUCAGUUUUGUCCAUGACAGGGAUGCUAUACUGUUUAGCUGAGUUAAAAUCAUAUGAGCUGAAACCGGUGGCAAACUCAUCCAGUGUUUUAAAUGGUAGAAAAAGUUGAUGGCAUUCAAAGAACCAAACGAGCCUUUAGCGUGUGGUAUCAGGUUCGACUGGAUUUGGGCGUGAACUUUCUUCUUCUCUCUUUCCUGACAACUUGUUUGUCAGUCCCGUUAUCUUCUUCUCCAGCCCCGCAACCCGCUCGAUCUAGACUGCGUGCGCGCUGCUUCCAGGUCUGCCAUAUCUGCUCCUUCAAAUCCCCAUCCCAGCGUGCACUGUUCGUGGUACGGCGUUCUGUCAUUGGAUGGGAUCGCGCGAUAUACGGCCGAGUUUUCUCUUGGGAGGCUCUUCCUCUUCUUUCAUCGGUCAAUGGACGUACGAUGUAUUCUUGAGUUUUAGAGGUACAGACACUCGCAACAAUUUUACCAGCCAUCUUUACAAUGCUUUGCAUAAGAAAGGUAUCAACACCUUCAUCGAUAACGAGCUUAGAAAGGGAGAUGAAAUUUCACCAAUGCUUCUCAAAGCUAUUGAAGAGUCAAGGAUUUCAAUCGUCAUACUCUCUACAAAUUUUGCAUCAUCUACAUGGUGUUUAGAUGAACUGAAGAAGAUCCUUAAAUGCAAAGAAGAAAAGGAGCAAAUGGUUCUACCAGUGUUUUACGAUGUGGAUCCAUCAGAGGUACGGCAUCAAAAAAAUAAUUACGAAAAAGCCUUGACUGCACUGGAAGAAAGGUUUAAGGAUGACUCGAAGGUGAAAGGAUGGAAGGCAGCUCUAAAAGAAGUGGCCAAUUUGAGUGGGUGGCCUGUUGGGAAAGGGUAUUUCUAAUCAUUCCUGCCUACAAUCUAAACUUUUUUUCCCUGCUACUAAUUAUUAUACACACUUAUAUAUAUUAUAAAUUUAAUGUUGGACCAUAUAUAGAAAUUUAAUCGUGGACUAGAUAUAUAAUGUUCAAGUUCAAUUUAAACGUAUUUUAAAAGCCGAAAAGGUUUUCUAUUUCUGAAAAAAUUUAUUCAUUUAAUCAUUUUCUGUCACGAAAAAAACAUUAAAAAAAAUCACAAAAAUAAAACACUUCACACCAGUGACACAGUUGAAAAUUUAUCUCUGUGGCGUGGAUUUAUAUUAUACUAAAAAUUAUUUGCUUAUAAUGUAUGUCUUUUAUAGAUAAUUAUAUUUGAAGACCUUUAUGUCACAUACCAUCUACUCGACAUAAUUUGAUUUGAAAGAUAAAUUUUAAAUAUAUGUAAUAAUCAACACAUAUACGGCAUUAUACCUUGUGGUAUUUUUCAAUUCGGAAAAUUGUUCUCUCUUUUUUAUUUUAAAAAUGGAAAUCAAAUGAAACUAAUUUUGCUACUUAUUUAUUUUUUUAUUUUUUUCCUGAUUACAUAAGGAUUUGAUUUGGUUUUUGUGGGAAGGGGUAUUAUCUCCUAUAUAUCUUGCACCCUACCUGUCAUUUGUUAAAAACAAAAUACCUGGAUCUUGAUCCUAUGUAUUUCUGUUUAUGUGAAAGGUCAAACUUACUAUUUUGUUUUAUUUUAUUUUUAAUAUGUAUCUUGUGUUGAUAGGAAUGAGCAUGAAUGUAUUUUGGAAAUAGUUCAAAUGGUCUCAAGGAUCGUGAAUCGAACAUACUUAAAUGUUGCCAAGUAUCCUAUUGGGAUGGAGUCCCGUGUACAGGAUGUCAAUUUGCUCUUAGUAUUGGGAGUAAUGAUAUUAUACUCAUGGUAGGAAUCUUUGGAAGAGGAGGAAUUGGUAAGACAACUAUUGCCAAAGAAAUCUAUAACUCGAUUGCUUAUCAAUUUGAAGGUAGUUGUUUUCUUACAAAUAUUAGAGAAACUUCAAAGCAAGAGCAUGGAUUGAUCCAACUGCAAGAGAAACUUCUUUCUGAGAUCCUAGGAGACUAUCGAAAUAUGAAUAUUGCCUGUGUUGAUCGAGGAAUUAAUUUGAUAAAGUAUAAGCUUUGCUCUAAAAGGAUCCUUUUAUUCCUCGAUGAUGUCGAUCGGAUGUUCCAAUUAGAAGCAUUAGCUGGAGGAUGUGAUUGGUUUGGUUUAGGAAGCAGAAUUAUCAUUACGACAAGAGAUAAGAGGUUACUAAUUAAUCAGAAAAUUGAUUUUACAUACCAGGUGAAGGAAUUGGAUCACAAUGAAGCUCUUCAGCUAUUUUGUUGGAAUGCCUUCAAAAGAGAUAAACCUAUUGAGGAUUAUGUUGAACUCACAGAACGUGCAAUAACUUAUGCUGGGGGACUUCCAUUAGCUUUAAUGGUGCUAGGUUCGGAUCUAUACAACAGAAGCAUGCAUUAUUGGAAACGUGCAUUGGAUGGAUACAAAAUGAAUCCUAAUAAAGAUAUCCAAGAAAUUCUUAGAAUAAGUUAUGAUGGAUUGGAUGACAAUGUGAAAGACAUUUUUCUUGAUAUUGCAUGUUUCUUCAGAGGAAAAAAUGCAGAUUAUGUUACUAAAAUACUGGACGGUUGCGGUUUCUUCCCAGAUAUUGGUAUUGAAGAGCUUAUAGAUAAGUGUCUUAUAACUAUUAAUGAACGUAACAUUUUGGAGAUGCAUGACUUGAUACAAGAAAUGGGUAGAGAAGUUGUUCGACAAGAAUCACCCAAAGAACCCGGCAAUCGCAGUCGAUUAUGGGACCAUGAAGAUGUUCGGCAUGUAUUAGAAGAAAACACGGGAACAAAUAAGGUUGAAGGCAUAUUGAUAGAUUUGCCUGAACGAGAUAUGAUACACUUGAAUCCCAAAGCCUUCACGAAGAUGAAAAGGCUCAGACUGUUUAUAAACCGUAAUGCAGGCUUUACUGGAGGGCCUAACCAUCUUUCUAAUGAGUUGAGACUGCUUGAGUGGCCUGAUUAUCCUUUACAGUCUUUACCAUCCAAUUUUCGUGGAAAGAAACUUAUUGUUCUAAAAAUGCAUAACGGUUUCUUCAAGCAACUGGGUGAUAGAUUAAAGAAUUUCCAGAAGUUAACAAGCCUAGAUUUCUCUAAUUGUCAAUUCCUAACAAAAAUCCCUGAUGUUUCAAGUAUCCCGAGUUUAGAGAGCUUGAUUCUAGACAAUUGUAUGAGUUUGGUUGAGAUUCAUCCUUCUGUUGGAUCCCUUGAUAAACUUGUUGCGUUGAGACUUUUAGAGUGCUCUAACCUUGGGAGUUUUCCAAAAAGUCUCAAGUUGCCAUCUCUACAAGUUCUUAUGCUUGGAGGUUGCUCGAGUCUUCAAGAUUUUCCUGAAAUUGAGUGUAAAAUGGAACGUCUAGAUUACCUUGACUUGAAGGGCACACCUAUAAAAGAACUACCUUCAUCCUUUGGGCACCUCAUUGGCCUUAAAGAUUUAGCUCUUGAAGGUUGCAAAAACCUUGUAAAUCUCCCAAGUAGCAUUCAUCAUUUGCAGCAUCUAAGGAGACUUUUUCUCAGAGAUUGUUCAAAACUUGAUAAGUUUCCGAAGAAAGAGGAGGAUGAAAAACAAUUUAUGCCUUUUACUGUUUCGAUAAAGGAAUACGAAACUUCAUCUUGUGCAGAACCAUCCUUGAUGCUGCCAACUCCAAAAACUUCAAGCAUUUCUAAUGAUGGUUGUUCCUCCAUUGUAUUUCCAGCACUGGGACAUAUAGAUGUUGGAAAUUGUGUCCUAUCAGGAACAGAUUUCUUUAUGACAGUUAAUUGUUUUUCGACAUUGGAACAGUUAGAUUUAUCAGGGAGUGAUUUUACUAGCCUUCCCGAAUGCAUCACAAGAUUUGUCCGAUUGAGGUGCCUUAAAUUGGAAGAUUGCAAGCAGCUUCAAGAAAUUCUAGAACUUCCUCCAAAAAUAGAAGAUAUAUAUGCAAGUGGGUGCAUGUCAUUGGCACGAUUUUCAGAAGUAUCAAAGAGAGCUCAAUUUCACACCUGCGACUUACCAGGGCUAGAAUGGAUUGAUUUGUCCAGAUGCCAUAAAUUGCUUGAGAAUAUAUCAAUGAAUGAAGUGGAAAAUCUUUUUCUGAACCAGGGACAUUUUCAGGACCAUCUGUUUGGAAUUAUAUUUCCAGGAAACAAGAUUCUAGAUUGUUUCAACCAUUGUAAAGAAGUUUCAAACAAAAGCGAAUGUGAAAUAUGUAUUAAUGAGCCUUCACAUCUGGAUGGGAAGAUCAAAGGUUUGGCUCUCUGUGCUGUUCUUGGAGUAAAUGAUGGACAGGCGCCCACUCCUAUUGCAUGCAGCAUCGAGAUCAUCAACAAUGGUUCACCAAGUUAUAGCGACUCUAAAGCAUUUAAUAUAUCAGGAUCUGAUCAUGUAUGGUUGCUUUACCACGUUCCAGAAUUUCAUGAGAUAAAGGGGGACAAUCUGCAAGUUAAGUUUUGGUGCUCCACAAGUUUAGCGUCCUUUAGAUGUGGAGCCCAUCUGGUACGCACGAGAUCAGAUAUACUGCAUCGUCAGCAUGCAUCUAGAUUUGUUCCAUGAGGAUGUUUGUUUGUGUCCACUUGGAUAUUAUACCCAAUGAAGAUUGAGGAGUCAUGAACAGUGGAUUUUUAAUGGUGAUGGCAACAUGGACUACAAUUGGUACCCACAACAUAAGAGGUAUUCUUCAAGCUUUGCCAUCAUAAUUUCAGGUGCAAAGUAGUCUAGAUCAAUCAAAUCACCCAACUGACACCAACUGCCAUCAUAUAUAUAUACACACAUAUAUUGUCAAUUGAUUUAUACUGUUGAAUCCUUGAUUAUUGAUGAUCUGGUCUUCUUCCUGUUCUGGAAGCGGAAUAUGACAAUGUUCAAGUCUUCGGUGGGAUUGACAAAUGGGGUUGGAUAUGGGAAUGCUAAGGAAACAUUCAGCAUUUGACAGUGAACGAUUUUGUGAGACGGCUAACUAUUUCAGACCGAGUAACUAGCUUGAGUUGCAACUUAGAAGAAGCCGACAGAAAAUGAGUCUAAUUGGUCAUAUUUGAUUCCUUUUCUGUAGUUUAGUCUUAUUAGAUACCCACUGUUGUCUUUUAUUAACCUCAUUUUUCCUUUAUUGACAGUGAGUUACCACUAAACUAUUCGCAAGAAUGAACAAAGCCUCAGCCCUCAAGGAUACUACCUCAUGAAGGGUUCUGUCAUUUGACAGAUUUGGCUUCUUUAAGAGUUGGUUUGAUUAGGUGGGAUUUCUCAGCUUUAAGAGUUUUUGUUUAAGCUUCCUCAUAUCAACUUGGGUGGAAUCCUAUUUGGCAAACUUUCCCAGAGUUUUAUGUACCUUGAACUUAUAUUUAACAAACCCCAAAUGGUAUAUGAUACUACCUUGCUUGUGAA